AUGGCCGCUAUCGUGGGCUUCCCAACCCAGUCAGAGCCAAAUAUAAUCCCCGACUACGAGGUCAGGCUCUUGCUCAAUCCGACAGCGGUUCUUGGCCCUGAACAUGAGCUAACGAGUACUGUUCUAUCGGCCUUCCAUAUUGCCCCGACUGUCACUAGGAUGAAUGUCCAGUUCCUUGACAAGGGCUCCAAGGAGAUCUAUCUCGCCGGCUGGAGCGCCCGUAUCCGCAAGGCCGAAAACGAGAACGACUUCGAGUUGACGUAUAAGAAGCGGUAUCCCAUCGUGGGCGGCGAUGUUGAUGCCGCUCUUACUGUGGCUAAUAACGAUGGUUUAAACGCCAGGAGCACAAAAUAUAAGGCGCAAGUGGAAAGGGGUUACCAGAAGCAGACACUUUCUAUCAGCCGCAAGAAAACCGUAACGGAUACCGGGGUUAGCAGAAUUGACCUCCCGGAUAUCACCAACUCGCGUAAAAUGCUGAUCGAUGAGGCGCCGGAUAAGUUCGACAACUUUGGGAGCAACAAAUGGGGCACCGAUACAGACUGCACUUCGAGAUACUCACCCGAUGGCUGA